AUGAUGAACGAAGGAACGAAGAACUUCCUGUUAGCAUGUGGCGGCGCGGUGUCGUCUGUGCAGCGUUCUCCGACCAGAGGACCGAAACGAGUCCCUGCAGGGAUCAGCUCUGUGCUGGUCACACCCACCACCUGCAGAGACCAGGAGGAGUCAGACCAGGAGGAGUCAGAACAGGAGGAGUCAGGCCAGAAGGAGCCAGGAGGAGUCAGACCGGAAGGCGUCAGGCCAGGAGGAGUCAGACCAGGAGGAGUCAGACCAGGAGGAGUCAGACCGGAAGGCGUCAGGCCAGGAGGAGUCAGACCAGGAGGAGUCAGACCAGGAGGAGUCAGAUCAGGAGGAGUCAGGCCAGAAGGAGCCAGGAGGAGUCAGACCGGAAGGCGUCAGGCCAGGAGGAGUCAGACCAGGAGGAGUCAGACCAGGAGGAGUCAGACCAGGAGGAGUCAGACCAGGAGGAGUCAGACCGGAAGGCGUCAGGCCAGGAGGAGUCAGACCAGGAGGAGUCAGACCAGGAGGAGUCAGGCCAGAAGGAGCCAGGAGGAGUCAGACCAGGAGGAGUCAGACCAGGAGGAGUCAGACCAGGAGGAGUCAGACCAGGAGGAGUCAGACCAGGAGGAGUCAGACCAGGAGGAGUCAGACCGGAAGGCGUCAGGCCAGGAGGAGUCAGACCAGGAGGAGUCAGACCAGGAGGAGUCAGACCAGGAGGAGUCAGACCAGGAGGAGUCAGACCAGGAGGAGUCAGACCAGGAGGAGUCAGACCAGAGGGAGUCAGGCCAGGAAACCCCAGACCUGGAGGAGUUAGACCAGGAGGAGUCAAAGCAAGCCCGGGUUCCUAAGCGUCUGCUAGAGGCUGUGAGCGUCCAGCGGCUGCGAGAGGCUGUGAGCGUCCAGCGGCUGCGAGAGGCUGUGAGCGUCCAGCGGCUGCGAGAGGCUGUGAGCGUCCAGCGGCUGCGAGAGGCUGUGAGCGUCCAGCCGGUCGCAGCCGCUCCACCGUGUUGUGGCUGA